GGUGGACGCGAGGAGCUGCGGGCGUGCGUGGCUGGUGAGCGGUGCGGCGCGGCCUUGCAGGCGUGGAGCAGCGCCUGGCCCAUGCUCCGUCGCCGCCUCCGCCAGGCCGGGUCCCGUGACCUGGCCACCAUGAGUGAGUCAGUAGCCCGCCAGCGGCCGCCAGUGUGGGCUGACUCGGACACGACUAUCGAUUACGAGUCGUGGCGGUGGUGGUGGUGGAGCAGCCAGCCUGGCCCGGCAUGGCGGACGGCGCCGCGCUCCGCCCUUUUACUGUGUUAGAACACCCUUCCUGCACCCACUGGCCUCCCUAUGUCGACGCCCGCGCGCUGUGAGGCCCGGCCCACACGCCCACGCCAGCAGCAGGCACGAUGGGCGCCUGCAUCGCCCGCUGCCUGCCACUUUACAGCGAUCCCAGGUAUCAACCCGUGAGAAGCCGCUACCUCAUACAAGAUGACGUUGUGCAGACGGAGCCGAGCAGACUUUCCAGGUUGUCCGCGAGCUCGGACGAAUCCUUGUGCAUGAGUGACCUUCUAGCUGACCCCUCGAGCCCUGCACUCCUGCCUGCUGACGAUGAUGAAGCAGAUGACGACCCAGAUGAUGACCCUCCUAUCCUGUUGCUCACCCCUGGCCUGGCUCAGAGUCCUGUCAUCUUUACCCCUGUUGACUUGCCUCCUUGCACGAUCGGGUCACCUCCUGAUACUCCCCGCUUGAUUGACCUUGCUUCCCCCACCGCCUCUGUGCACCCUGACCAUUCCACCCACAGCACCACCACUACCACCACCACUACCACCACCACCACCACGUCACAACAGGCGGAGGAUGAAGUGGAGCUAACACAACGCAUCGAGCAGCCUCAGAACACGAGCCCACAGCACCUCGCCGCGCACCUCACGCCCGCCGCCAGGAGCGGCAGCGGGUAUGGCGGAGCAGCGGCGGGGGGCGGGGAGCGGUGGUGGGGGUCUGCGCUCCCCGGCUCCCUCCCCUCUCUGGCAGGGGGCGACUCUCCCCCCACCAACUCCCUGGACCUGGAGUGGGAGCCUGAAGCCGGUCUCGGGCGAGUAAGCCGGGAGUCGCUGGGAACGGGGGAGGAGGAGGCAUCCCAGACUGCCGAGUCUAGUAGCUGGGUGCCUCGGUCGGCCUGCUCCACGCCCAACAGCCUCGAGUGGGACUUCAGGGCCUCCACACUCAGCCUUAGGGGCCAGGGCGAGGAGGAGACUUGGCAGACGUCCGACCAGGAGACAGAGCAGCUCCUGUAUGAGAUCGAACAGCUGGCGGCGCGCGCGUUAGCGGACACGGGACAUGGACUGCAGCCGCCCAGAUAGGAGCGGCCCAGCAGAACCUGUAGGCUGUGAGCGGGCGUCAAACCCUCUUCAGUGGCUCUCGUUUUUUGCUUUACAGAUUCCGAACCUGUUCUGCUGCUGUCUUCUUACGUACUGAAUCCCUUGCUACAGUGUUUUGCUAUGAUUUUUUAAUUUUAUUUUAUUUAUUUAUUAAUUUUCAUUUUUUUUUUCCUUUUUUUUUUUUUGCCUUUUUUUUUCGUUUCCAGUGUUCCAAGUUUUUUUCUUUUUUAAUAUUGCACCUUACCGUGGCAAAAUGUGUUUUAUUAUGAUUUUUAUUUACUUUCCAGUGAUCAAAAUUUUGAGUGAAGAUCUUGACAGUAUGUACGUGACUAUUAUUGUUGAAUGAUGCAUCUGAAACUUGUAAAUAGCGUGACUUUUUAAUAU